AAUCCGGAAUCACAGCUAAGUCUUUACGUCCAGUCAAUACAGUUCCUGUUUUAAUGCAACCAUAAACGUACGGAUGGUGUCGUGCUUGCCACGAGGUAUACCACAAUUACAUGGCAGUGGACACUUAUAUUCAUACUUUGGCCAAAUGCGUAAUUGUGUCAUGAAGUAAUCUUUUGCACGAAAUUAUUGGUACGAGAGAGCUGAAUGAAUGAUUGAUGCUGAUAGUCAAUAUUAGAAGUUAAAUAAGUACAAAGUAAUAUUUGUCCAACGUGUCCUGGAUUAAGGUCCGUAAUCUGAGGGAGACAACUAAGACUGUAAUUGGUUAAUCAUUGACACGUAAUCAACUGUGGUGCGAAGGAGGACAAAUGGCUUUCAACAGAACCGGCACCUGGCUACAGUUGUUCCACUGGGGUCCCAUUUUGGCACUGUCAGUUAUAUUCACUAUUGCUGGAGUUGCACUGAACUGUACGUUGAUGUGGUGGCCAAUAACGACGGUUGGAGGUGCUAUCAAUGUCGUUGUGUUCUUGAUUUGGGUGUUUCUAACACUUUACAACUACCUCAAUGCAGCCUGGAAGGGACCUGGAUUUGUGCCUCUUAGCUGGUCUCCGGAGAACAAGAAUGAUGCCAACUUCUUACAGUAUUGUGAUUUCUGUGAGGGUUUCAAGGCCCCUCGAUCUCAUCACUGCAGGAAGUGCAAUAGAUGUGUGAUGAAGAUGGAUCACCACUGUCCAUGGAUCAAUACUUGCUGUGGUCAUUUUAACCACUGCAACUUUGUGUGGUUUCUGUUCUUUGCACCGUGUGGAUGUGUCCAUGCAGUCAUUAUACUUAUACCAUCUAUAUACAGAGCUUUAAAUUAUAGUUACUAUUACUACUAUGGGAAAGAUGAACCUUUGAUACAUCUGUCUGUUGUGGCUUUUAUUCUCACAAUGUUUGGAGUUGGACUAGCUAUAGGUGUCGUCAUUGCAGUAGGAAUGCUGUUUUAUGUACAGAUGAAAAGCAUAUGGAGAAAUGAGACUGGUAUUGAAUCCUGGAUUAUAGAUAAGGCUGAAGAUCGAGAGCGUGAUGAGGAUGAGGGCGAGGACUUCAUAUAUCCGUAUGAUCUUGGGGGUAGGGGAAACCUCAAACAGGUGUUCACAUUCACUGGCAAGCCAGUCUCUGAUGGAAUAACGUGGGAUGUGGUGGAGGGAUGUGACCAGUACACUCUCACUGUUGAGCAAAUUAAACAAAAAGCUCAGAAGCGAGAGCGCACUCUGCUGUAUGUGAUAACAGAGCCCUACUCUGGGGCCAUGUUUCCUAUCACUAAAGGAUGUCGUGUUCUCUGCUUCGUGCCGUGUACUGAUGAACCUCGAAUCUCCGUCCUGGAAAACGACCGAGUGAUGGUCACACGGUGGAAAAAGCACUGGCUGUACGGGACAAAGGUGCUGGAAAAUGGGGGCAAGAAUAAAGUGGCCUCCAAGAGAGUUCGAGGAUGGUUUCCACGACGAGGUGCAAAGGAACUCAUAGACAAUAAUAUGAAUGACAAGAAAGCAGUAUGAACAAGAACUGGUGUUAGCAAGUAGAUGUAAACACUGGAAUCAGAAUGCCUUAAAGCACAACCGUAUUGGAGAUAUCUGGUUUCCCCUAUGCUGUAAGCCAAAUAACAUAGAAUAUAUAGAUGCAAGUGUAUUGCCACAAGAAGGAAUCUUCUAGGUUUUACCUCUGAUGUUUUGUCGUCUCAGAACCGCAUUACUUUAUUGUUGAAUAUGACUGAUUCAUAAGGCUGUCACUGAGUAUGAAAUAUUGAAUGACAAUACCAUUAAGAGAAAUAUUAUUGUGAUUUCACCUUGAAACAAAUGAACUAAACAUCACCCUGAUAUGUAAAGUCAGAUAAAACCAGGAAAUGUGAUAAACAAGGAUGACAGCUUAUCUUGUGAAUAAUAAUUGACAAUUUAAACAAUUCGUUCCUAAAAUGUAUUGUAUACUUUCAAACACUGUCCAUGGUAUCAUUAAUCAAUGCAUCAGUUUAUGGUCGUAGCGUUUGGUUGAUGUAUUGGUGAUAAAAUUUCAAAUGUAAACAUUCCUCAGCUGGAAACCCACAAUAACACAGCCAUUAGUUAAUACUUUUGUUGUGUUUAUAAGAUAUAUAGUUUGUUAGAUGGAGUAUGUUAUAUAAUACACAGCUGUUGGUUAGUAUGGCACCAAUGAGAAUGCAGCUAACCUUGAGUGACUGAGGAAUGACUGGCCUCCAUACGGUAGUUUUAGUUGAGAUGUAUGCAAGAUUCAAGUACAGAAGUGUGUCUGUUGUGUGUUGUUCCCUUGCAGGUUCAUUAUGCUGCAAACCAUUUGACUACUUGUGUCCUAGAUUGGGGCCAUGAUAUGCCCCUCAACACCUAAAGCAGCUUCACCUUUCACACAGUAUGUUAUUAUUCUAUUUCCUUGUAUUUAAAGGGAAACAAAACUCCAACCCUCCCUCGCCUAGCUGGUGCCAUCUUAUUUAACCCACAUAUAGUUGAUCAGAUUUGGCUCACCAAAACCUUUCCCUUUGAAACUUCAUGUACAGUAUGACCAGAAAUUAUUGAGAAUUUUAGGAAUAUGUUUAAUUGAAUUUAGUUGUAUAUGCCCUACACUUGUAUGUUCGUUGUCAUUCACUUGAUGCUCAGUUAAUGAGUAUUACUUCGUGGUGGCAGCACUCAGAUUACAUUGACUAUGCAACACAACUAGACAGGUGCACCCCCCUCUCAGGGUGUCCAGGAUAUGUAGCAAUCAGUGGGUUGCAGUUUGCAUACUGAAUCUCCGGCGUAUAUACAUGUAUUCAUUCUAAGUUUGAUUAUAAAAGGGUUUGAUCUCGUGAAUGUAUUACAUGUUAUAUAAUACAUUCACAUUUAAAGGAUUAAUGUAUAAUCCAUCGAUUGAUUACCUGAUCCACAACUAGGUGCCCGUGUAAAAACAAGAUGUUUUAUUCAAAGGAUGAGCCAAUAAUAGGUUGAUUAAAAGAUGAAAUUAUAUAAAUGUCAAUUUGUCUAAUAAGAGGGACAAAAUGCUUCUGGAUAUAUUCUUACACCUUUAUCAGGUGAAGAAAACAAGGAAGCAGAAAAGUACACGUGAAACAACAGUGAAUAGUUGACAAUGGUGAGGACUGAACAAGGGAGGGCAGUAGUUAUAGCAAUGAGCACAUAGAAGCAUGGGGGUGAGGACUGAACAAGGGAAGGCAGUAGUUAUAGCAAUGAGCACAUAGAAGCAUGGAGGUGAGGACUGAACAAGGGAAGGCAGUAGUUAUAGCAAUGAGCACAUAGAAGCAUGGGGGUGAGGACUGAACAAGGGAAGGCAGUAGUUAUAGCAAUGAGCACAUAGAAGCAUGGGGGUUGACUGACUGUACAUGGUUUCAUAGGUUGACUAACUGUACAUGGUUUCAUAGGUUGACUGACUGGACAUGGUUUCAUAGGUUGACAGACUGUACAUGGUUUCAUAGGUUGACUGACUGUACAUGGUUUCAUAGGUUGACUAACUGUACAUGGUUUCAUAGGUUGACUGACUGCACAUGGUUUCAUAGGUUGACAAACUGUACAUGGUUUCACAGGUUGACUGACUACAUGGUUUCAUAGGUUGACUAACUGUACAUGGUUUCAUAGGUUGACUGACUGUACAUGGUUUCAUAGGUUGACAGACUGCAUGGUUUCAUAGGUUGACUGACUGUACAUGGUUUCAUAGGUUGACAGACUGCACAUGGUUUCAUAGGUUGACUAACUGUACAUGGUUUCAUCGGUUGACAGACUGUACAUGGUUUCAUCGGUUGACAGACUACAUGGUUUCAUCGAUUGACAGACUGUACAUGGUUUCAUCGGUUGACAGACUGUAUAUGGUUUCAUAGGUUGACUGACUACAUGGUUUCAUCGGUUGACAGACUGUACAUGGUUUCAUCGGUUGACAGACUGCACAUGGUUUCAUCGGUUGACAGACUGUACAUGGUUUCAUAGGUUGACAGACUGUACAUGGUUUCAUAGGUUGACUGACUGCACAUGGUUUCAUAGGUUGACUGACUGCACAUGGUUUCAUCGGUUGACAGACUGCACAUGGUUUCAUCGGUUGACUGACUGCACAUGGGUUCAUAGGUUGAGAGACUGUACAUGGUUUCAUAGGUUGACUGCACAUGGUUUCAUAGGUUGACUGACUGUACAUGGUUUCAUAGGUUGACUGCACAUGGUUGUCUAAAUAGAUGGAUUGUUUUUAAAGAACCUUGGAUAUGAUGAACAAAGAUAUCACAUGUGCUGUCUUAGCUGACCAAUGAGACAUGACACUGUUGUGAAACACCUGAAACAAGGGAGACAAAUACACAUUGUAAUAUUCCAAUUUGAUUUUUGGAGAUUUAUUUCCGUUUUAAAUUAUUCUGGUCAUUUUAAUAUUUUCAGGAUCCAUCUCUCCAUUAAUGAUUGUGUUUAGUACUGGCUGAUUGUCCUAAUGCUCUUAUGGAUCAUUCUCUGUUCAGUUAGAAACACAUAUCAGUUUAUUGGGGUCAAUAGUUAGUGAGAGAUAAAUUAAAUUAUAUUUCUGUGUUGUCAUCAAAAAGGUUGGUGUUAGUUUCAGUUUAAACAUUUCAAUCAGAAUAGGAGCCAGCAUAUUUAUUAAAAAACCGUAUCCAAUGGUUCCACUGAAACAAGAUGGCUUCUUGUCUUAAAUUAUUGCACAGUUUGUAGAAGCUACCUCAAUCUUUGAUUAUUCGGUGUAUUAAGUUUCCAUUCUGUUACGAUAAAUACCAGGGACCCAAUCACCAUUAUAGGUUUCUACCAAGUGAUGUCACGAUAUCCAAUGCAUAUGGUUGGUAUGUCAAGGAGGGGCAGGUGAACAAUAACAUGUAUUGUACAUGAUGGUUUUAUGUUUGUUUUAGUCAUAUGAAGAUCCAUAGGAUUAUUAUCAUUUAUAAUGCUAUUUCAAAAGCCUUGUCAUUGUGAUUUGAUUAUUUCUGAAUGUUAUCCUAUAUUUAAGUCAGUGAUCAUUAAAAUCUAAGAGUUGUAGCAAGUGCCCAGAGAGUUUUCAUCAUAAUAGCUGUGAGUAUGAUUAAUAUACAUAUUCAGGCAUGUUAAGUACAUGACAUAACAAUCAAAGUAUUCAUGACAUUAUUUGAAACUAUGGGAGAUUUGUCAGCAGCAUCCAGCCUGUCUGUGUGUAAUGAAUGUGGUGUAAACGGCUUUGAGGCAUAAUAUAAGUGUUUUGUACUUCUAUAGGAUACUGUUGACCAAUCAAUAAAGAGCCAAAGUUUGCUAUGCUGAUGAAAUGGGUUAUGAAUUAAUGUCAAAUGUUGAAUGUUUUCAGAAAUGUUUAUUACACCAUCAGUUUCUUGUAGAAUUAGUUUUGUUGUUUAUUUUCAUAAUAUUUUAAACAUUUUUAUUGGUUGAUCUGUUCUAUUUCCCAUGAGAUGCAAGAGCUGUGUAUCUAAUGUGAAUUUGGUUUUUUUUCACCAAUUUCUCUGCAUUUGUUUGUAUAUCGAACCUGAUCAGCAAAUAACUGUGUGUACAAAUAUAUAAAUUAUUUUGAUUCAAUAUUUCUUUUGUUGUUUUGAAGAAAUGUAUUAUAAUAAUUUUAAGAGUAAAAGUACAUUUGUCAAUUGCUUUUCUCCAUGCAGAGGCACAGAAUUUACGAGAGUUAAGUUGAGUUGGUACAGGGUUUUACAAUAUAACCAUUGUGUAUUGUAAAACAUGACUUGUUUGUAGCUCACAUGACACAUUGAUUCCUGUUUGUGUAUGUCAUGGUGUCAUCCAUUGUCCAUCCAUUGUUCACUUCCAGUUGUUUUACUUCUCCACAGAAACCACAUAUACACUUUCAUGGAUAUUGUCACAGAAUCUAAUUUGGUUUUAGUCAGCCAGACUGAAGCUGUCAUUUUGGUAUUGACCAUUUGAGACCAUAAGUGUGAGGCGUAUCUAUGCUAUGAAAUCCAGAACUGCCUCAGAACUGGACUUCACUUCCACAUUUCAUCUUAGUUUGUGAAGUUGUAUGAUCUCAGAAGAAGUUUAUUAAAGAUGGCUGAAAGAAAUUCAUAUUGUCGUGAUUACAGAUAACUGCUUGGUAUUCUGUUUGGGGUUUAACACAUUUGAACACAUACUUUUUGUACAUAGCUCUACCACUUGUUCAAGUAUCAGUGUGUAGUCUGAUAGUUUGUUUUAGGGGAACAGGUUAAAACUAUUGAUGUGUAGAAACAUAGUAUUUUAUUCUUUAAUAUUUAAUCUGAAUAAGUUAACUUUUGUAAAGAUUUAGACAUUCAGGUGAGCUACUGAGCCUGAGGGCUAACAAUGUGUUCAGUGGUUACUGUGUAGUGCAGUGGGUAGGAACACGAUGGUAUUAGGCAGAGUAGAUGCAUGUUUUUGUAUUUUAUUCAUUAUAUACGUAGACAAUUUGUAGAUCUUCAUGAUUAUAUGCCCAUGGUUAUUUGUGACUGUUACAGGCGUGAGUGAUAUUGCCUUCUGUUUUCAUCAUUUCACAUGCCUUAACAGGGUCUAUAUUGGUUUGACUGUACUGCUGUUUAGUAUAUACAUGUAUCAAUCAUUGAGUGUUUAUUAUGUCUGGACAUGUCACAUUGAAUGUUCCCUGCCCACAGUGGUAAACUGCAUACCACACUGUGUACAUUACAUCAACAAAUGACAAGUAUUAAUUUUGUUCUGAAAGUAGCAAAAGGUCAAACUAGUUGUCAUGUUUUAUUAAUGUACCCCUCAACUUUGAAGGGGUUUUCCACUCUGACUGAUAAUAGUUCUUGAAAGCUACAGAUGGUUUGUUUUGCUGCAUUCACAAAGUGAAUGUAAUUGAAGUCUGAUUCAGUGAUGUUUUUAGGAAGAAUUUUCCUUCCCUAAAGGGAGUAAGGGAUAGUAUAGCAGGUAAAGUGUUUGCUCACCAUGUCGAUGACCUGGGUUCGACUCCCAACAUGGGUACAAUGAGUGAAACCCAACUCUGUUGUUCCCUACCGUGAUAUUGCUAGAAUAUUGCUAAAAGCAGAAUAACAUCAUACUCACUCACUCUUCCCUGAACCAGGGCCAGUGAUAGAAAUAUGAUAAAGACAAUAUUUUUUCAAGUAAUCCCAUAAACAAAUUGUAAGUUGGUUCAAGUAAUGAUAGAAUAGAAAAAGGGUUUGGUUUUCAUGGCAAAUUAAAGGGUUUCCACCCUUCCAGAGUUGAACUGUGCUGAACUUAUUUCACUUGUUACUUGAAAGAAAAGUACUGUUUUCAUAUUUCUGGGGUUUUUUCAAUUUGCUUUAUUUGCUGUUGAAUACAUGAACUGUACAACAGUAUGAGAUAUCUUGGUACACAAGCUGUUGUGGAUUCGAGAUACCCAUGAUCACCUGUUUUCAUAUUUCUAUUCUCAUGUGAAACUACAUGAAGUACCGGUGUAUGCAGGACUGUAGUACAGCUGACACUGAGACACCAACAUGCAGUCAUUGACCUGCAAACAUGAUCAUUCUGUGGUAGGAGGGAGUUACGACAAUCACCCACCUUGGUUCUUGUUGACAAACAUCUACACCAAUAGUUAGGUUCUGACACGCCUUGAUGUCCACUAUUGAUUGCCCACUAUCGAUUGUCCACUAUUGAUGUACUUAUAAAAGUUACAAAAUACCAUUCUUUCAUAUCAUAAAUGUUAGUCUCUUAUCGAAUUACAGAUUAAUUAUAAUGAUAUGAAACAAUUGGCUGUUCUUUAACUUCUUGUAAGCUAUUGAAAUAUCAUCUAGUAUGUUUAAAGCAGCAUUACAUCCAAGUAAUGUUUGCUUCACUAUCACAGUGAAACUACAGCGUGUCCGUGUUGAUAUGAUUGCUAUUUGGAAGCCUAGAGACAUUCUAACAGAUGUAUUUUCCUCUUAUGAUGCUAUAUUGCCAACAUCCAUCCAUUGCGGACCACUGUGAAUACAAUCGUGCCUAUAUUUUAUCAUUGUUAUAUAUUUAUUUACAGAUGUAUAUAUAUAUAUAUAUGAACACCGAGUGUAUUAUAUGAGAUGAUUUAUGCCAAUAUUGAGAGAGUUUGAUUGAGUGAUUGACUAAUUAAACAUGAAAGUGUAAUUCUCUUUAAUCAACAAUACCAAUUAAGAGUUUAAUAAUGUAUAAAGUUGCUGUUCUGGGCUUGAACGUGUAUUAAAUACAGAGGAACCAGACAGCUCUCCAUCAACAUCACAGCAAUUUCCCUCUUGCAAAAUUAAUGUUAGGCCAGACCAAUUGUAUUUCUUGUUUUAUGGAUUUUUGUCUUCAGAAAACCUUAAGGCAGAAUGUGACAAAAAAAUCACCAAAGUAAUAUUCCUUUUAAAUACUAAAAGUAUUUUACUUUUGCCAAUUUAUGAAGUGUGUAUAAGGCAAAAACAACAACAAUCUAACCCAAUUUUGUUUUUGGAAGUUUACAUUUUUGGCCAAUAAACAUUAGGAUUUUAUUUUUUGAGCGAGGAAAAUUAAUUUAUUUAUUUUUAUUAUUCUUGAAAAGUAUGAGCAGCAGAUCUGUGAAACAAGAAAUAAAAUUGGUCUGGCCUUAUGAUCAUACAGAAUACAGGGUCAGACCACCUAAUGCUGUAUGGCUCUGCCCCAACUGUGCACGGAACAUUGAUGCCAUGAUGACCAUAUUGAAAAUGUCAGUUUUGCUCAGCCAUUUCUACAUGUAUCAUUAUGAAAUCUGAUAGGGAAGAAGUGCAUAAUAUGCAGUAUAACAUGUAAUAUGAUUUUUUUCUUACCUUCACAUACCCUCAUAUUUCUAGUGUUCUGGUAUUUUAGCAUCUCUACUAGGCCUAUGAUGCCAGAUAUCGUGUCUCUAAUCUUAACUUCACAGAAUUCUGAUCCAAUGUUAAACAUUAUUUUUUUUGUUCAUAAUGAAGGUGAUCUGCAGACUGUUGUGGUCUGUUUUUACUCAAACAUAAUUCGUAGUCUAUUGGUUCACACUGAGGAUAAUAAUAUGAUUUAUGUCACUCUGGGAACAUUUAUAUACCUGUAUUCACAAAAAUAUUCUUCAAAGUAUAAAAACUUCCAAGUGCUUUAUCCUCAUUUCGGCCAUAUAUGUACCCCACACUCAUAGUUCAAAACAAGAGGAUUUCACUUGUUAUGUUUACAGUUUAAAAUAAAAGCAAUCAAGUUAAAAGGAUGUAAUCCAGUUUAUCCAUGGUUUGAGUCAUUUACGUUUAGAACAGAGUGCAGAUUCUGCCAAACCCUUUUUAUGUUGUGAAAUUGGACUUGGAGUAAACAUUGUUUCAGUGUGGGUCUGCAGCCUUAAAACUUAUACAAAGAUUUAAUUUGCAAGACUAAAGAUCAGUUAUUAUUAAGAACAUUUUGUCUGAACACACUUCUAAUACUGAUGGACGAAAUAAUUCUUCUGUAUGGAUAAAUGGAUAACAAUUUGUCUCUUAUUGUGGCAUAUAAUUACCUGUAAGGUAUAAUUCAGAAUUAUAGGUUUGAAAACUCAUUUACGGAGAUGUACACAAUUUUGAAAAUUAACCUGUUUAUUUCUAAGUGUUUGUCAUCUUUAUGACAGCUAACUCUAAAAAACAACAAUCUUUCUCAAGCUUAGAAUCAGUGAAGGGCCUAUGCAUACAUGUUUCUGUUUGAAUGUUGGGAGUUACAAUACUGUGUGUCUGUUUGCCAAGAAUUAAUUAGCCACUAAAUUCAUGGCACAUAUGUUCAACUUGCAAUGAAUACUUUACAAGAUAUGUCGCAUAUAUUUUUAGUAUAGUUUAUGAAAAGCUUUAUUUUAUUACAUUUUUGCUUUGAUUAAGCUUCUUUUAAAUUGUUGAUAGUAAAUAAAGCCUGAAACCUAACAUUUUGAGAAGAGAUGCCAUUUGUGUAUGUAUUUUUUCAAUAUUUCUUGCUGCAUAAUGUUAUUUAUGCUGUAGAGGAUCUAAAUGUUGUGUGUGAAUUGUAUUUAUAUGAAUUUCAUUAAAUGAUUAUCUGUUUUGAAGUAAUGUUCAUCAGAUGAAGAAUAUUGAAUAUUGUUUAUUUAGAAUUGAUUUCUAUUUAUGUCAUUUCACUGCAGCGUUAUCAUCUAGAUGCGAAUGUUCAUGAAUGUGUGAUUCUUCUGAAUAAAUGUGUAUUUACUCA